UGCAACUCAACUUAAAAAUUGAUAAAAUGACAAAGUCAUCAUUGUAAUUUAAUCUGUCAUACGCAGUUUGUGUAAUGCGUAUUCAUAUCGAUAACUACGAGAGGAGUCUCUUAUAUCUAUAACCUAAAUUCUUAUGAGAUAUAUGAAAUAUUAACAUGUGGGCAUGAGGUAGUUUUCACAACUUUAACAUAUAAUUUGUAAACGGACUUUUAGCUAACAUUCCAGAACAUGACGGAUUUAUCUUAAAUAUAUCAGGUUGUUAUUAAAUUUGGCCACACAUUGAAAGCUACCUCUAGUGUGUGAUAUGAGUGAUAUGAAUUAUAUAUAAGAAAUGAUGUGGUUUACAAUAAAAUCGUCUCCAGUUGUACACCUAAAAUUAUAAGUUAAAUAUGAGUUUCCCCGAGUACUCGACCAGCGAAUCCGAGUUCAAGUGGUCAACGACAUCGUAUAGACUUGACGAGCUUGGUAGACGAUUUAAAUUUCCUCGAGUGGUUCGUUUAGCUGAAGGGUAUUGUUCCGACAUUGAAGCAGAAGGCUUCUCAAAAGAUGACAUCAUUGGAAUCGAUAAUGUCUUAACUAUUGAGAAGGUUGCAGCCCACUUUGCCAACAGAAAAGGCGGGGUCACGUCGAUAGGUGAUGACGAACGAAGUUACGAACGGCUAAGCGAAGACAUACUGGUACCUUUAAAUUACAAAGGAAAGGUCAAAAUCCGAAACCAAGGUAUAAAAUAUUCAACUGUUCGAGAACUAGUGGAGGACUUUCCGCGUUUUGCAAAAGUAUGUAAAAAUCUAUCGGCUAUAGGAGCGGACGAUAGGCCGUUACAUAUACUUGCCGGAACAACGAUAGAAUUGGUGCAAGUAGUUGCUGGGAGAGACAACCAACCAGGUGAACUUGUAGUGCAGUUCCAGAUCCAAGAGAAGCCGGUGUACGCCAAGGUUUCUAUUCUCGAGGCAGGACUGUUUCGGGCAGAAUCCGACGACGCGGAAUAUACAAUCAAGGAAGUAGUUGACAGGUUUAAGUUACCGCAAGUCGUAAAGUUCAUCGACGAUGAGAUUCGAAAGGUUUACACCAAGGACAUUCUUGAAGGCAUCGGAAACAUGCGAACCAUUACAGAAACCCUCCAACUGAAUCGAGUUGUUUCUCAAAGUGUCCUCGUGGGCCACUACAAACCCGUCGAAGGAUAUGGUCAAACGGAUACCGAAAAGGUUAAAAAGCGAACCCUUGUGGUUCUUCCUAUGGAUCAUCCGGAAAUACGAGAAAUCGAAGUCAAUGUUUUGGAAGACGAUGGAGAUAUAUCCGACAUUUACGAGAGAGUAUUCAACGUAUGCAACAUCUCGAACUCAUUGGACGUUGUUGAUACAAUUUACGUAGAAUUCAGUAAGGACACUCCGACUCCGAAGAUUUUCAAAUUGGACGAUGCUGCCCAUGCCAAUACAACUGGCAGGAGACAACUGGACCAAGCCUCCGGGCCUCUGCCUGUGUCUAAACCACCCAAACCGUUACCACCCUCACCUGGUGUUGUCGACGGUACUUUAUCACCCUCUAAUAGCACGCAAGCACCACUAGCUCGAGGAAAGCAGCCUUCACCACAAGCCAACAAACCUGCAUCUCUAUCACUCAGUCCACCGUCCAAGCUUCCGGAGGAAUCUUCUUCCCAGACGGACUAUGAGAUUAUGUCUCCAUCACCAAUUUCUUCAUCACAGAAAGGUCAACAAACAACCCAACGAGCGACAGCUUUCUCCAACUUUCCACAGACACCACAAACACCAAAAACGCCUACGACUCCACAGUUUAGUCGCACCAAAGCACUACCACCCGAACCGCAAUCACUCACGCAACGUCUUAAAACAAAAGCGAACACGCCUGAAGUCAACGAAAAAGCUAAUCAAGGCGACUAUGAACAAAUGGAAAACAUCCAAACCUCAGCUCCAAGGAAGAUGCCCCAGAAUCGCGCUAUAAAACCGGCGAUCAGACCAGAUCUACCCAAUGAUCCAGCGAAACAAAGUGAAUAUGAACGCCUGGAUGACGCAAUAGUGCCAGCAAGUUUGCCGCCAGACCUACCGCCGUCCUUACCUCCGCAUCGUCCCAGAAAGAAUCCCCCGGCACCAGUGCCAGAAAAGACCGACAUAAACAUGUAUGAAAAUCGAAAACCUGCAAAUGGUGUCGGUCAAAAAACAGAUGCAGACGGCGGUCGGUCGGGACAAGCUGAUUAUGAGGACAUGGAACCCGGCAUACCAGUUCAGCGCGCACCGUCACCUCCUCAAGACGACAAUGAUUCGAGCGACUAUCUGAAACCAACUCCACGAGUCGACGCAUUACCCAUCAAAAUUGAAAAGUUUAAGAAAUGGAGACCUGGAAUAUUUCAACGCAAAAAGAUUGAAAACCAGUAUACGCCGGAACCAAAAAAGCCCCUGCCUGUUGCACCACCUGCUGUUAUAAAAGAAAUUCCAAGUUCCAAAGUUGUUCCUCCCACUGUGUCACGGACUGCGGUAGUUAAACCUAUGACUCCCUAUAGUCCCGCAGCAGUGACCGAUACACCUAAAGAACAGUUAAAAUCUUUUCUGGAGUUAAAUUGCAAUGAGCUUGUGGAAAGACUUCAAUUAUGUCGGAUGCUUGACAUGGCCAAAGCGUGCGAAACUGAAGGCUUGGAUGGGUCUUUCUUUGCAAAUAUGGACAAUGAAAGCUUAAUUCAGGUGUUUAAGCUGAAUACGAUGACUUUGCUCAAGUUUAAGAAAAUGAGGGAUGAAAACUGGGUUCCCAAUGAGUGAUAAUUGUUAAAAGUGAUAUAUAUCUAACACUCGUUUCUAGACUUGUGCGUCUUAACAUGUAUAAUUUGAAUGAUAUGAUAAUUCUGGUGUUACACUAGUCUCUUCUAUUAUGUGUAACUUUCGCAUUUGUUAAAAGUGUAAUUUGUUUAAAAUUAGUAUUAAAGGGAUCUUUUCACGCUUUGGUAAAUUGACAAAAUUGAAAAAAGUUGUUUCAGAUUCGUAAGUUUUCGUUUUAGUUAUGAUAUUUAUAAGGAAACAGUAAUACUGAACAUUAACCAUGCUCUAAUAUAGCCAUUAUAUGCAUCUUUUGAUAAUUUUAAAACCUAAAAAUUAUAAAGCGUUGCAACGCGAAACGAUUGAAUAAUUUGGAGAGUUCUGUUUUUGUCGUUAAAUUUUGUGAAACUACAAAGAUUGCUUAUAUAAGGUAUAAAAUACGUCACGAAUGUGUACUCGGCGGAAUAGCUCAGUAGGCUAGAGCGUUUUUACUUCAGGACUCUGGCAGGACUCCAGGGGUCACUGGUUCCAAACCUGCUCCGGGCAAUGUUCUUUUCCUUUUUUAUUUUUUUUUUCUUGAUUUUUUACUGGAGCUUUUACGAUCCAAUGUUUACAUUUAUCAAUAUAAAGCAUUUAAUGAAUAAGUUAAAAAAAAUGGCAAAAUCUGUGAAAAGGCCCCUUUAAUGAGUAGAAUAACUGUACAGGUAUAACUAAUUUUCUGUUUCAAAUCAAUUAAGACAAUCAACGAAUACUUUGCAUAAAAUACAAUUAAUACUAAUGACACUAACAACUUGAAUUCGUCGCCUUCUAUUUAAACGGUUGAUUGUGUUUGUAUUUUAGACGACUUAGGACACACGAUAGUGUACAUUAAGUGUACAUAAAGCGCAAUUAAAUCUGCGACUUGUUCAAUAAUGUGGCGUAUUCCAUAAAUUUCAAAUUAAAAAUUACAUCUUCGAUUGUGGUUUUUAUCCUGCCCACUGGUACGAAGGAUAAAUCGUACCAAUAAUGAAAAAAGGGGACAAAAAGGAUCCUUCUAAUCAUAGAGGAAGCACCUUGGUAAAUGCAUUUUUUUCAAUAUGUAUAUGAAACAUAAUCAAUUGCUUGUGGGAGGGUAAAAUAUGCGUAAUCCUGUUCGAUGCGGUUUUAAGAGACAAACAAAGUACAACCGAUUGUAUUUUUUUCUUUACAGCAUUAUACAAAAUGUUCUUUUGUGGAAGCGUAAGCUAUAUUGCGGUGUGACUGAUUAUGAAAGAUAAUAUAUAGUUUAUGAAACAGUCAAAUCUUGUAUACACAAAACACUCAGGAUACGUCAUAAUCCGACGUCUUCCAAGUAUCUCUUAGCGUCAAACAGGGGAGAUCCAAGUCAACGCUUAUAUUUUAUAUUGUAUAUAUAUUGUAAUGAUUUUAAACAUUGUAUUCAUGUCCAACAUUUUACAAAUGACGAUUGGCAUUUUCUUUCGGAUCUUAUGCUGAUAUUUUCUGACGAUAUUGUUUUAUUUACUACUGUCCCAGUAAACCUUUCGAACAAACUUAACGAUAUAUAACCUUAAGUCUUCAAAAUGGGUUCUUAAAAUAAAAUUAAAAAUUAAAAGAAAUCAUGAAUAUUUGAAAAACGUUAAAGCAUGUUCAACUAUUCGCGUUCAAUAAAUAAUGAGUGUAAAAACAUUUUAUUAGUUUUGUGCACCUAGGUAUAAAUUUCAAUUAUACUGGAAAUAUGUCUCAUACUGUAAAAAUAUUAAAUGACCGAGCGUUUAGAGCAUUUCAUCACAGUGCAUCUAUUUUAAGCCUUUUCAAACGAGCUGUCAAAACCAAACUAGUUCUAUUCGAUUGAGUUAUUACGCCAAUCUACUACAUGGUUAUGAAAUUUUGGACAUGUAUGACACCUGCGAUAAUAAUAAGUUAUUACAUGAAAAUUGUCAAUAACAAAAAUUCAUUAUUUUACCAAGCGUUAAUGAAACAGAUGAAUAUUUUAUCAAUUUAAAUUGUAAGAAAAGUAAUCUACGGUUCCAAGCUUUAAAAUCAACUUAAGACAACUUGGCUUUAGCUAUAUAUACUAAGGAAAUAUACAUCCAUUCACACGCGACGUUAAAUACAUUGUAACACACAGACUAAAAGAUCAAUGUGAACAAGAAUAAAAUGAUAUAUCUGCAACAUAGAUAAUACAGAUACCUAUGUAAAAUACAAUGAAAAAAGCUUAAUCUUUAAAUAUAACUUAUCAUUCAUUUAUAACAAUACAACUAUAUAUACAAAUACAAACAUUUAAGAAUAUACAAUUUCAUGAAGAAGAAACAUGGACCUCAAGACUAAAAUACUCAAAAUAAUCACAACCCCCCCCCAAAAAAAAUGAUAUGGUUCUCAUGCAACUAACAACGUUUGCUAGGUCCAUAAUGUAUAUACGUUAAAGUGAUAUAAUGGGCAUUUUUCACUGUUAAAUUGAGCUGAAAAGAAUUAAAAUGUCAAAAGAGUUAGUUAAAAUGUGGUUACUGACCAAUUAUCUGCAACUCAUCUUGCUACCA